AUGGACAACAGAAACCCAUAUCCUUCCGAUACCGCUGCCCACGCCGCUCACUCUUCGACGUCUUCCAUCAACCUCUCCUCACCAACUACACCUAUGUUUUCCAAGGGUCCCUCAUCACGAGGCUCUAAUUCCUCCAUAGCAUCAUCUCCGGGACCACGAGAGUCUUUCGAUAUGUACGGGGGUGCUCAACGAUUGGAGAAUGUAACGGAAGACCCACAAGAAAGAGACGAAUUCGAAGGUUACACUUUAGUCAAUGACAGGACGUACGAUUUUAACGACUAUGACAAGGCUUUUGCCCACCCUCAUGGCCAGACUUCACCUCUGAGCUCUCCUGUACAACAUGGAUGGAGUUUCGGAGAGACCGAUGAAUGGUCAUUGACGUCUCCGGGGCCUCGUUAUUUUACGCGGCGAAAGUCAAUGGACCAACCUUCUUCCACUAAUAAUCGCUGCUUCAGCAGCAAAUUUGGUUCCAUAUCACGACGUUGGAGGAAUAGAUCCGCCGCUGGUCCACAACUCUCCAUUAUCACUCAUAUCAAUUCUCCUGCUUCUCGGACUAGAUCUCUGAGCUCAUCUCAAAUUCUUAGUCCCGCUUUGAGUGCCAUCUCCAAAUAUGAGAGUUUACUGCUUGCACCGUCGGUUGCCCCAACUCCAAGCGAGGUGUCUUUCGACACCGAGAGUAGACCAAUUGAUAUGAGGACCAAGCCAUCGGAGGAAGAAGAGAUGGUCCAUGCGACCACUCCUCUAUUACCUCCAAUGCUCUCGGAGCUCGGUGAGGCGGAAGAGCCUGUUCAGUCUCCUCUUCAGUCACCGUCAAUUGCUCCCACAUCUGCGUUGAUGAGCUCGCGAACGUCCUCUGACACUCCGGUAUCAUGCCUCCCCUCGCCACCACUCUCCGCCAGACCGUCAAUGGUUUCAAUGCACACCCGGUCUCGAACGAACACAAUGACGAAUUCUCCUUUCGCGGACAUCCCGCCUAUGCAGCUCCUGGAUGACUCUUCUGACCCUUGGGCAGUUCGAUUAGGUCAUGCGAAUUUCACCAUCCACCCUAAGCCAUACACACCCGAGACCGUUGACCUCGACUCCUAUACUGAAUUCCGGAACAACUGGGACCAGGCUCGCACCAAUUAUGCCAAACAUAUCACCAGGACUGCCGAGCACUACGGUUUGACCUCCAAAGUCUACAAAUUGACUGAGGAGAAAUGGGCUUCUGUCGACCAUGUGUGGAAGAAACAACACACUCGCAUGAGGACUGCACUGGCCCCGGUACUGGUCCGUCUGAGUGAUGGGGAUUCAGAGAUGCACGAAUCCGCCACAUCAAGUACGGUUCUCGAAAAGCCAUUGACCAAGGUUGUUCUUCCCAUCAUUGACGACAAGAGCGGCAAAUUCCCCGAACUUGGGGAUGGAGAGAUUGUCGGACCGAUGGCAGUUGCCAGACCUCGGACUUUGACGAAUCCCAACAAAGGCAUGGAACCGCGAAAUCUACCACUUUCACCACGCAAGCGCAACCUUCUCAAGUUUCUGUCCGGCAUUUUCCGCAGCUGA